UGUGUGUGUGUGUGUGUGUGCGUGUGUGCAUGUCUGCGUGUUUGUGUGUGUGUGCGUGCGUGCGCGCGCCAGGUGUAUGCUGCAUUGUCUCAGGUCCACAACAUGCGAGUCUAUGGCAGACAGGAGAUCCCUGAUCGUUUCCACUUCAAAGGAGGGAGGUUCGUCGCCCCCCUGACCCUGGUGGCUGAGCCGGGCUGGUUCAUCGCUCAGAACAAGGCCAUGCUCCCGUACUGGAAAAACGACACCGGGGAGGCCUCAGCAUGGCAAAAUGGUUGGCAUGGAUACGACAAUGAGUUCCUCGACAUGAGAGGCUUUUUCUUGGCUUCAGGACCUGGUAACAAACAUUUAUAUAGUUCAAUAAGGGCAUGUUUUGUUAUGAUUGUUUCAGACCUGUGCUCUCUCAAGCUGAUGCACACACUUCUCUCCUCUGGGGCCUCUUCUCUUUAACAUCUACAUGCUACCACUGGCUCAGAUAAGGAAAAACA